CUGUACGCCAGCUCCCUCGGCCAAUAACGCGAGAUGAGCGCCGCAACCCCAGAGUCGGUCACGACUGGACCUAAUGGUCCCUAACUGCCCCAGUGCAUCAGCCUGGCUCUGCAAGACACAGGGAAGAGGGAGAAUCCACCCCAGCGCCUAGCUGAAUGGAUUCGUCUGGUGCUACUGACUUGCAUCUAGUAAAUAGCUAAGUGUCUACUCAGAAGCGUUUAAAUUUCUGGUUGUUUUCUUUUGUUUUUGUUCUCUUGGGUGUGGGAUCAACGUUUAGUUAGCGCUGGGGACCUGUUUAAUUUCAGAAUAAUUGUAAAUAGUUGUUCUUAAUUAGUUUCUCCUGGGUUUUUUUUAAUUCAUUGCUUAGUUUGUGUUCUGUUUUGAAGGGGAGAGAGUCAGGGCUGACAAAAUGGCUGGGGCAGGUUACACAGGCGGGGGGGAUACACAGGCACACCUGAUAUCAGUGAUCACGGGUAGGAGGAGUAGAUACACUAAGACCAGACCACGUCAUUACCGAGGAGGCAGUUUUAGUCAUUGUUUGAAUACUAUCCCCGCCUCCGGGUCUGGUCUUGACUGUGAGGAUACUGGAAUCGGCAAGUGAGACCAACAUGACCUAAAGGUGUUGCUGUGCAAUGCCAGGCAAAUGAUUCACAACAUCGUUGUCAUCCACGACUUGAUCAUGGCUGCUUGUCUACCAGGGUUCUCUUACGCACAGCAGCCCAGGUUAUAUGGGCAGGGAGGAGGGUGCAGUGAUUUUUAGGAAGUCAUUAUCUUGGAAUACCCAGUUUUCUGAGUGCAUGUUCUGGAAGUUGGGCAAUAGGGGCAGUACAGGAUUCCUUUUGGGGUACCGACCUCCCUGCUGCACCAAGGAUUCCCUGCCCAAGCUGCUUCGGGUCAUGGCGGUUGUGCUCCUGGAGACACCUAGUUUGGUUGUCCUAGGGGCUUUUAACAUCCAUGCCGACAAGACCUUACAAGGGGCCGCUUAGGACUUCGUGGAAAACAUGGCCUCCAUGGGGCUGUCCCUGAAUAAGUUUGACCCAACUCAUAGCCGCGGACAUGUCUUAGACCUGGUGUUCACCUCUACGGAUGUUGGUGAUCUGACACUAAGUAAAAGAGAAAUUAAAGAAGUGCCAUGGUCAGAUCACUUCUUGGUGCAACUGGACUUCUCUGCGACCCUUUCCCUCUGCAGGGAGGUUGGACCAAUUUAGAUGGUCCGCCCCCGCCACUUAAUGGAUCGAGUUGGCUUCCAGAGAGUGGUAGGGGAUGUUUUAUCCCAUGUUGAUGGCCUUUCAGCUGAUUCCCUGGUGGCCCGCUGGAAUGUGGAGUUAACCAGAGUUAUUGACUGUCUGGCUCUGAAGCGCCCUCUCUGAUUGCAUGGAGCCUGGACAGCCCCGUGGUUUUCCCUGGGGCUGAGGGCGAUGAAACAAUCGCUGAGACGGCUAGAGCGCUGGUGGUGGAAAACACAUUCUGAAUUGGACUGGACACAGGUUUGAGCUCAAUAUCGAGCCUACCAAGUGGCAAUAGCGAUGGCGAAGAAGACCUUCCUCACUGCCUCUAUUGCAUCUGCAGUAAACAGCAGCAGGAGACCCUUUCAGGUGGUUCGCAAUCUAAUGGAGCCACCUUCGCCAUCAGGCCCGGUAAGGAACUCAAGCCCCAAGAUAUGUAGUGAUUUUGCAAAGUUUUUUUUACAAAUGAAGUGGCUCAGAUUUGGAAAGAGGUAGACUCCGCCAUGGGAACAGGGCCGGGGCAGGAGAGUGCUAGAGUCCUGUCUAGUCAAGUUGCAUGGGAUCAAUUGCAAUCUGUUACCUCUGAGGAUGUGGACAAAUUGCUUAGACCAGUGAAACCAACCGUCUCCUUGAUCCUUGCCCAUCCUGUCUCAUAAAUGCGUGCCGGGAAGGGCUGGGUGAUGGGCUCUGCGGUGUGGUGAAUGCUUUCCUCUGUGAGAGAGCCUUGCAAGACGCUGAAAGAGGUGGUUAUUAAACCGCUUCUGAAAAGAAAUAUUUGGACCCGGCCAAUAUGACCAACUAUCGCCCGGUCUCAAAUCUCCCAUUCUUGGGCAAGUUGAUUAAGUACCCAUCUGGCUGGACAACUCCAAGCGCACCUGGUGGAUGCGGACCAUUUGGAUCACUUCCAAUCAGGAUUCAGGCCUCAUCAUGGGAUUGAAUCUGCCUUGGUCACACUGGUCGAUGAUCUCCGGUGGGCUAGGGACAAAGAGCCUGCAGUGUCUGAACUCCGCAGGAAGGAUGAAAGAGGCUGAUCCUACAAACCUAGUGAGGAUGGAAGGAGGAAGAUGGACAGUUGACCUGGUCAGGUUGUCCCCCACAACCUUUGGAUGUUCCCUCCCAGGACCCUCAGAGAGAUCUGGAAAUGUUUGGGGGAUCCUGAGUGAAGGCGAAACAUCAGAAGUGCAACGUGAAAGAGUGGAGGAGCAACGGAAACUGUGGGUUCAAGUUGGAAGCAACAGAAAAGAGGGGACCCAAAUGCAGGAGUUGGGGAAGGGAUCCAGUCCUUCUAUGGUUAAUGAAAAUCAAAUUCACAGAGAGAAGUAUGAAUGUACUGAGUGUGGAAAGAGAUUCCCUUAUCGCUCAACGCUUACUACACAUCAAAGAGUGCACAUGGGUGAAAAACCAUAUACAUGCUGGGAGUGUGGGGAAAGCUUCAGUCGGAAAAAAUACCUUAUUCUGCAUCGAAGAACUCAUACAGGCGAGAAACCUCAUAAAUGCUGGGAGUGUGGAAAGGGUUUUAAUCACAGUGGCUCUCUUACUUUGCAUCAAAGAACUCAUACAGGCGAGAAACCUUAUAAAUGCUGGGAGUGUGGAAAGAACUUCCGUGAUAGUGGCUCCCUUAAUAUUCAUCACGCAACCCAUACAGGGCACAAACCGUAUGAAUGCUUGAAGUGUGGAAAGUGUUUCCGUCAGAACCGCACCCUCACUACACAUAAAAGAAUCCAUACAGGGGACAAGCCAUAUGAAUGCUUGAAGUGUGGAAAGUGUUUCCGUCAGGACAGCAGCCUCAUUAGACAUAAAAGAACUUAUACAGGGGACAAGCUGUGUGGAAAGAGGAGCAUCCUCACUGGUGAAAAACCUUACAAAUGUUUGGACUGCGGGGAGGGCUUCAGGCACAAAGGCACCCUCACAAAGCAUCAAAGAAUUCAUACGGGGGACAAACCUUAUGAGUGUUUGGAGUGUGGAAAGAGCUUCAGUCGCAAAGACUCCCUUACCUCGCACCAAAGAAGUCACACAGGAGAAAAGCCUUAUAAAUGCUGGGAAUGUGACAAGAGCUUCCGUUGGAGUGGCUCCCUCACAACGCAUCAAAGAACUCAUUCAGGGGAAAAGCCAUAUACAUGUUUUGAAUGUGGAAAGAGCUUCCGUGAGAGUGGUUCCCUUACUCGGCAUCAAAGAACUCAUUCAGGGGAAAAGCCUUAUACAUGUUUUGAAUGUGGAAAGAGCUUCAGUCAGAGUUGUCACCUUAUUGAUCAUCAAAGAACUCAUAUGGAGAAGACUCCUCAUAAAUGCUUUGAGUGCGACAAGAGUUUUUGUCACAUUAGCUCCCUAACUAAGCAUCAAAGAACUCAUAGGGAAACAUCUUAGAAGGGACAAAAAAAAUAAUC